AUGAUGACCUACAUUCCGUUCACGGUCUUCUCGUACGCUCUGCUGGUCAGCUUUGUCGCCUGGUCGGCAGCGAUGGACCCAAACAGCCCGACCAUUCCCAGCGUUCGGAUGGAUCCAAUUAGGGAGCAGAGCGCGUACCGAUCUCAGCCCGUUGGGCCCCAGCUUGAUACUCCGGGAGCCGACAUUCCAAGCUCCAGCGCCCUUCCUUCUCCCCGAACACGUUUUGGUGCUACAUUUGACGCAGGCGCAUCGUCAAGCUUGCGCAAUAGCAUUCCCGCUUUCCACGACGAGUCUGGUCUGCAAUGGGGCCCGUACAACCUACAUCGCGAAAAGUUCCAGCCGAAAGAGUAUCCCUUGUGGAUGCACGAGCUCACCAACCUGUAUACUCAGGACGGGACUCGACCGGCGGAACUUGAGAACAGCAACCGUCGAAUCUGGCCGGGAGUGCCAUCGAGACUCUCAGCGGAUCCGUUCGUCUAUCGUCCAGAGCCAGAGAUGCUUGAGAGCAUUGCAACGACGAUCAAGCGCGUUCUUCACGCCCGAGACGUCCGCCUCCAGACCCCACUUCCACAGCGGGACAAGUACUUCUAUCACGGCAUGUUCCUGUGGCCUCCCGUACGACGCACCGCACGCGGACUGGCUAUCAACGCCAGAACUCUCGAUACAAAGUACAAAAGAGUGAUCUACAAUCGGCUCAGGGCAAACCGAUUCGCAUCAGGUUUCUUCAGACUCGCGAUCCCAUCCACAUCCGAAGCACAGCCGAGGUCUGUUUUGAUCACCAUGUCAGAUCCGAAGCCUUUCACGACGGUGGAUGUCAGAAUGCCGAAAAACUCCCUGUGGAUGUUCUACGAGCCCAGGCUCUUUGACAGGAGGGUUGGGGGUCAGAUGACGACCCGUAAAGGGGAUAUUGCCGACGUAAGAGACGAUCAGCACAUCGUCAAGGAGGUGCGCCUGUAA